AUGGUAUACAACGUCGACGACCUACUUACCAAAACCGAAUCUGAACUCACCGCCCUCUUUUCUGAUGCCAAAGCUGGACCUAUACCUAACGGUGACGCCCAAGGCACUGCGAUCAUCGCGCCCGGAACUACCUUCACGCCUGAGAUCGCCAAGUUUAUCAACUUCUUCGCUUGGCAGGGCAAGAUCUUCGAUGCGGAGAAGAUGGCACUCCUAAACAAGAUCACCGUCUUUGGCCUCGACGCUAUCCUCGCCCACAUAAUUCGUGAACCGAGCUGGAUCGACGGCAAGGAAUGUAUUGUACUAGACUAUUCGAAGACAUCGGUGGUUGCGCAUUGGGUGCGAGAUGAGAUUCGACUCAUCUCUCCCGGAUUGUAUCUUGGGAGGGUGUUUUGGAAGGAGCAGCACCUUAUCUUCUUCGCAUUGCAGUGCUGA